AUGUAUAACAAUCAGCAGUAUGUAUUAAGACAUAGAAAUAUAAUUGCAUGUAUUAAAGAAAUGUUAAAUGGUGAAUAUGGAGAUACAUGUCAAUUUUUUUAUAAAGAAGAAUUUGAUAAAUCUGGAAAUCAAUUAUAUUCUGAUCCUUAUACUGCUGACUGGUUUAAACAAACACAAUACAGUAUAAAGAAUUCUAAAUCAGGAAUAAUUGGCUUAAUCCUUUACUCUGAUGCAACAAUUUGUGAUAUUCUUGGAAAAAAUCAAAAACACCUAAUUUUUGUAAGUCUUAGUAAUUUCCCAAAUAAUGUCAGAAAUAAAGAAAAAGCAAAAGUUCUUCUAGGAUAUAUUCCAAUUAUUAAUAAUGCAAAUGUAGAAUUAUAUUUACAAAAUUAUCAUAAAUCAAUUGAAAUAUUACUCCAUCCUUUAUUAUCUCAAUAUAAUUCUGAAGCUUGGAUUACAGUUAAUGGUGAACCAAAGCAUUUUUAUAUCUUUCUUUCUUAUGGAAUCAGUGAUAUGAAGGAAGCAAACAAUGCUUGUGCUACUUAUCAAUCUUAUAAUGCUUUAUUUCCUUGUCAUUCUUGCUUAGUUCCACGAGAAUAUUUAUCUUCAAUAGAUCAUAAUUUAAUAUUUUCAGAAAGAUUUACCUGUGAUAUAAAAACUUAUUUUAUGGAUAAUUCAUUACAAGCAAAAAAUUUGAAUAAUGAAUUGCACAAACUAUCCUUACAUCCAAUUAAAAAUGCUUUUUGGAAUCAUAAAAAUUUUGAAGUAUAUUCUUCAUUUGUUCCUGAUAUUAUGCACAUUUGUGAUUUGGGUUUAUUUGUUUAUAUGGUUAAUUUUACUAUGGAAAAGCUUGAAAAGGAAUCACAAUCAGAAAAAAAAAUCAAAAUCUUAAACAAUCGGUUAUCAUCAAUUCCCAGAUAUUACAAAUUAUCAUUACCUUCAAAAGGAAUUAUUAAUAGAACUAAUUUUACAGCAAAUGAUUGGAGAAAUAUAAUGAAAGUAUUUAUAUUUACUAUUAAUGGGCUUAUUAAAGAUGAACAAACAAAUAAUCUUAUUGUAGAAUAUUUUCAAAAAUGGAAUGAAUUCUAUUUAUUAUUACGAUCUUCAGGAUUUACUGAAAAUUGCUUAAAUAGUUUAUCUCAAAAAAUAUAUGAAUGGGCAAAUAUUUUUUCUUUUUUAUUUAAAUCACACUCAAAAUCUGGUUUACAGCUUCCAAAAUUACACUCAUUAUUGCAUCACAUAAUUCCUUCUAUUAAAAAGUAUGGUGCACCAACUGGUUUUUCUACCGAAACCUAUGAAUCAUUACACAAGAAAUUUGUAAAAUAA